AGUCAUUGAGUUGACAGACCCGUCAAGCGCACGAGUGGAACACGUUAUACGGUCUCGAAAAGACAAUUCAAGACACAGGCCAGGCUACUAAGACUGCCUGAAGCAUGGGUAAGCGCAAGAAGUCCAGCAGGCAGCCAGCGCAACCCAAAAAGAAGGAACCAUUGCCUACAACAUUUGCCUGCCUUUUCUGCAACCACGAAAAUUCCAUCGUCGUGAAACUGGAUAAGAAGCUUGGUCUAGGGAAUCUAUCUUGCAAAGUCUGUGGACAACGAUUCCAAACAGGCAUUAAUUAUCUCUCUGCUGCUGUUGACGUAUACUCGGAUUGGGUGGAUGCUUGCGACGCCGUUGCUAAGGAUACCGCCACAAAGUACGAAGAGAGUGAUGUCCGUGUUAGACGCUCAAACGAUUUUACUACUUCUGCCAACACUCGAGACACCGGAUUUGAGGAUACAGAUCGCGUCGACGCAUAUGCUGAUGAUUACUGACUAUGAUUAGAGCAUUCCGCAGCGUACAAUGUGAAGGCUCAAAGAAUUUUCCGCGUCAUGAUAUUUGAUGGAGAAUACUAUACCUUAUAUACUGUGUUAAUGGAAUCCUCCACUAACAUGGCUAUAAUAGAGAACUCUACAAGAUUCUGAUCCAAUGAUGGACAGUGUUCUAGGACCCGGAGUCUCUACUUGUUGGCUACAGCGUAUAAUAUCGAUCACCGAAAUCACCGAGCCCUGGGAUGAUGUAUCUAGAAUAACCAUU